AAAGACUUGAGGCUUUUGAUGGUUCGACAAGGUCGACCGGGUCCCCAGAGGAUAUGCAGCCACCCGAUGCGCGACCUGUUCGCAUGGAGAGUCAGAAUCAGUUCAUGCCGUCACGGUCACGCCCGAAAGAGAGAGCCGGUGACAUUCGUCAAAGGACUAGGACCGUGGAGGGUGUGCAGUCAACAGGCAGCUGCACGCAUGCUUGCUUGCCGUGAAGUAGGACCUGGGGUGGUGGGUGCUGCUCCAAAGCAAGAUCUUGCGUGCAAAUGACUUUUGUGGACUGGGAUGCAAGGGAGGAUGAAUGAUAAUGGGAAGGGGUUGUGCGCACAUACGAUGGUGGGGUCGAAAGCUCUGCAACUUUUCAGUAGUGC